AUGGAUCCAAACAAACCAAAUUGUUUGUCCACAUCCGGGAGACGGCUCGGUGCGCUGGGUACUAUACACCAGAUCACGCAAAGUGUGAAGGGGGAAGGAACCAAGGUGCGCGCUGAUAAGGGCGUUACGUGUUUCAUCGUGCUACCUCUUGCUGUCCUUGAUGUCUCGCCAGGCCGCUUGCAAGUUGCCGAUCACAUCAGACUCCGGCGUCAGCGGGCGCUGGGCCAGCCCAUCGUUCUUGUUUCCAUUAUACUUGUCAUACUUGUUACGGCGAGUUUUCUUCUUAGAAGCCAACGAUACAAGUCGAUACAGCUGUCGGAAGCGACCGACUUCACCAAGCCGCCGCCCUCGGGUGGCGCAACAACUACGCAGGUCCAUGAGGUGAUACACUCCGACACUGAGGUCGAUAGUCACCAGGAAGUACCAACACAGGAAGAGUUCGAGGAGGAGAGUAGGGAGCUGCUAGAUAAUCCCGACGCGGGCGCGAUUUACGGAAAUACCCUCGAGACACUCAUCGAUAAAGAAAAGCGAACGGCUCAACAGAAGAAGUUCCUCACAAGAACAGGGAGCAAGGUGCCCUACAGUCUCGACAAGCCGUAUAUCUUCAACCCAUAUCCACAAUAUAACAGUCGAACAUGCUUGGGUCCAACAGGGAAAGAGGUGGAAGAUAUCCACGUCUUCAAAGGUCACCCAGCCAGGUUCCCGGAGUCUGGUUUUGGCAGCUACGAGGUUUUGGGGAUUGACAAGAAUCUUUGCUUUGAGCGAGAAACCAGGCUGGGUCCGUACGGGGUGGCACCCGUCGAGGAUAAGGAUGGGCAACCUGUUGAUUGGGACAAGGUGGACUGGGGAGGGCUUCAGUUGCAGUGUCUGGAGAAGAACAAGGGACGGUUUGCGACGGAACAUCCUGCCAACAGCUUCUCCGACAGCAACAGCGGAUUCCACGUGGCGACAGAAAGAGAACACAGGGCAGACGGGCCUACAGACUCGAUCCCGAAUAACACGAAACGAUGGUGGACUCCGAAAAAGCAAUAUGGAUCGCCUACCAACAUGACGGGUAGAACUGACACGUCGGUAACGGAGCCGAAAAGCGCCGUGCUUCUGCGCUCUUAUACGGGGAAGAAAUACACAGAGAACGACAAGCAAGUUAUCAGAUCCAUGGUGACGGAGCUGAGCUUGCGAACAGGAGGACAAUAUCAAGUCUUCCUUUUCGUUCAUGUCAAGGAGGACCGCGACAUCUGGUCGGACGACAAAGCCUAUGAAGAAGUCUUGGAUACUGCCGUUCCUGUCGAAUUUAGAGGGAUGACGGUGCUUUGGGAUGAGGCAUCCAUGAAGUUGGUAUAUCCCAAACUGAGCAAGGAGGCGAUCCGAGUCCACAACGCACAGUUUCUGUCUGUCCAAGUAUUCAUGCAGAAGUUCCGAGAGAAGCAACCAAGAAAAGGGCUGUGGGAACGAAACGAACGGUUUUAUAUCCCAUCUUACCAUGGUGAUUAUGACACGGAAUUCCGCAAGAGCGUUAAACAGGCCGCUGGUCAAGAUUCCAUAUGGGGCGCCCCUAACUUACCCGUCGUCAACCCGAUCGGGCCAAAACCACCAGUUUCAACACCAGAGCUGGACCGAUAUGAGUGGGGUGUCGGCGAGGAAGCUGAUCUCAUCACCCUGUCGCCGAUGUUCAACCCUAUAGACAGCAACUGGGUUCUGCGCGAUCAAGUGUGGGGUUACCAAUCCGACGCCUUCUCAGGCAAAGAUCUCCCUCGCAGAGCCACCAUCAUCACGCAAGCGCGAUUGUCGAGGAAGCUUGUCGAUGUCAUGCACGCCGAGAACCUCAAGGGGAAUCACGUCGGCUCCGAAAUGGUAGCCCCAACUACUGCCCUGAUCCACGGACUCAAAGCCGUAUACGCCCCGAUGCCCGUGUUCUUCGACAGGCCAUGGAACAGCACUCAGCUGGCGCGAUGGUUCAACGGUGGACCGCGAGGGCAGAGCGGCGGGCUGGGGAGCGCGAUGGGAUGGGGCAGAGAAGGGCGUUUCCAGGGUGCCACGUGGUACUUCCGCGCCGUCCCGCCGCCACGGUUGUAUAACAACUGGAUGGGAUAUGAAGAUACGGGUAUCGGGGGUGCCGAGUGGGAGCGUAGUCAUGGGAGACCGUGUCUGCCUGCCAUGUUUCUCCAUCCGCUCAAGGACGUGAGGCCGACACCGAAGGGGUAUACGUCUGAGUCGAAGUUGCCAUACUGA